UUAUGUGUUAAAGUGUUGCAGAAACCCCAGCUGGUCAGCAUGGAUCCUCCGGAGAAGGCAGGGAGGAGGGGCGCCGCCGCAGCGCCCGACGGCGGCUACGCCUGGCUCAUCCUGCUCUCCUGCUUCUUCGUCUUUGGCCUGACCUUCGGUGUGAUCAAGUCCUUCGGUGUAUUUUUUGUUGAGAUCCAGCAGUACUUUGAAACCACAGCAGCAGGAACGUCAUGGAUCACCUCCAUCGCCGUGGCGACCAUUCACAUAGCAGCCCCGGUCUCCUCCGCUCUGAGUGCGCGCUUCAGCCAUCGCGCUGUGGUGAUCUCGGGCGGCCUCAUCUGCAGCGCCGCCGUCGUGUUCGGCGCUUUGGCCCGCAGUCUGACUGAGCUCUACAUAACUGUGGGUUUCCUAAACGGCUUCGGCUACGCGCUGACCUGGACCCCCGCCGUCACCAUGCUGGGCCUGUACUUCGACAGGAGGCGCCCGGUCGCCAACGCCUUGGCUAGCGCUGGAGAAUGCAUCCUGACGUUCAGCCUCACGCCGCUGUUCCAGCUGCUGAUCGACAGCUUCUCCUGGAGGGGCGCGCUGCUCAUCCUGGGGGGGCUGCAGCUCAACUUGUGCGUGUGCGGCAUGCUGCUCCGGCCCCUGAGGGCCCCAAGAGAUGCUAACGUUAUCAGAAAGGUCAAAGAAGAAGAGGAGAGCCUCCAGAAAGGAGACCUGGAAGAAACCAAGCUGGGCUUUCGAUUGGAAAGUGAGCUGAACGUCCUGGAAAUGAACGACCAGGAGACUGUGAGAGAUCGUGUUGAUGAUGAGACGUCCAGUGUGGCCGGGAACUCUUCAACCGGUCCAAAGAGAACCCAACUGAGGACUGGAGUCCAGCACUAUGUCGACUACACGCUCAUCACCAACGGCCGCUUCAUGGUCUACUCCAUGUUCGGGGUGUUUGCGGCGCUCGGGUUCUUCGCGCCGUCGCUCUUCCUGGUUCCGUACGCUCGCAGCCAGGGGCUGAGCGAGUACCAGGCGGCGGCGCUGCUGUCCAUCUCUGCGGUGCUCGACCUCUUCGGCAGAAUCUUCUUCGGCUGGGUGGCGAACCUGAGGCUGAUUCAGACGGUCCAGCAGCUCACCGCCACCGUGGUUCUGCUCGGCGCCGUGCUGCUGCUGUGCCCGCUGGCCUCCACCUUCCCGGAGCUGGUGGCCUUCAGCGCCGCCCACGGCCUGGUGUUCGGCGCCACGGUGGCCGUCCACAUCACGGUGCUGCCGGAGGUGGUGGGCGUGGAGCGGCUGGGCAGCGCGCUGGGCUUCUUCAUGCUGAUCCGCAGCAGCGGAGGCCUGCUGGGGCCGCCCAUCGCUGGUAGGCCCCGAUGGUUGUCUCGUUUAUAUCGAGCUAAAUAUUGCUACCUAGUUAGCAAGCUGCGUAUUUAGCUCCAAACUAUAUACUAAGUCAUCAAGCUAGUUAGCAAGCUACGUAUUUAGCUCCAAACUAUAUACUAAGUCA